AUGGCCGCCCUUGCCAGCUCCCUAAUUCGCCAGCGCAGGGAGGUCAAGGACCCUCAAGCAAACCGGCAGAUCGCCAGCAAGCGCAAGCCCUGCCCGAAGAGCAACAAGUCGCUCUGCCAGAAAUCCUUCUUCGACAUCCCGUCAGUCAUCCUCAAGUCCACAGCCUCUCUCAUAUGUCCGCCACCUAACAAGCAUGUGUGCGGCGGGACGCUAACGUGUGUGGAAUGCUGUGUUUGCUCCGCAGAGCCCCAGCUGAAGGGCAUCGUCACGCGGCUCUACUGCAGACACGGCUUCUACCUCCAGAUGCUGCCGGAUGGCACCAUGGAAGGCACAAAGGACGAAAGCAGCUCCUUCUUGCAGUUCAACUUGAUUCCUGUGGGGCUCAGGAUCGUGGCCAUCCAGAGCACCAAGACGGGGCUCUACGUUGCCAUGAACAGCGAGGGCUACCUCUACACUUCGGAACACUUCACACCCGAGUGCAAGUUUAAGGAGUGUGUGUUUGAGAACUACUACGUCACCUACUCGUCCAUCCUGUACAGACAGACCCAGUCGGGGCGGGCCUGGUACAUCGGCAUCAACAGAGACGGCCAAGUCAUGAAAGGGAACCGCGUGAAGAAGACCAAGGGAGCCGCGCACUUCCUGCCCAAACUCAUCGAAGUGGCCAUGUACAGGGAGCCCUCCCUGCAUGACGUCGCUGAGCAGAGCCCGCCCAGAAAAACACCGAAGACCUCCAGUGACUCGCCGGUGCACCAGAACGGCAAGAAGGACCCUCAAUCCAAAACCAAAACCUCCUCCUCCUAGCGCUCACAGACCUACAGGAGGAGGAGAGGAGGGGGGGGGGACACAGGGCGAUGGGCACCAGCGGACACCUCAAGAAGGUUGUUAGGGCUACCCCCACCUGCUGCCUGCAACACUGACCUCCACCCC